UGCCGGGAGCGGCGCCGGGCCCGGAGCGGGAGCGGCCCCGGGAGCGGCCCCGGCCCCGCCAUGUGGUUCAUGUACGUGCUCAGCUGGCUGUCCCUGCUCGUGCAGGUGGCCUUUGUCACCCUGGCCAUCGCGGCCGGGCUCUACUACCUGGCAGAACUGAUCGAGGAAUACACCGUGGUCACCAGGAGGAUCAUCAAAUACAUGAUCUGGUUUUCCUCAGCAGUGCUGGUGGGGCUGUACCUGUUCGAGCAAUUCCCGGCGUUCCUGGUGGGGAUGGGGCUCUUCACCAACCUGGUGUAUUUUGGAUUGCUCCAGACUUUUCCUUUCAUCGUGCUCACCUCCUCCAACUUCAUCCUGAGCUGUGUUCUGGUCGUGGUCAAUCACUACCUGGCAUUCCAAUACUUUGCUGAGGAAUUUUACCUCUUCUCUGAGGUCCUGGCCUAUUUCACCUUCUGCCUGUGGCUGAUCCCCUUCGCCUUCUUCGUGUCGCUGUCGGCCGGGGAGAACGUCCUGCCCUCAACAGUGCAGCCAGGAGACGACGUCGUCUCCAAUUAUUUCACCAAGGGGAAGCGCGGGAAGCGCUCCGGGAUCCUCCUGAUCUUCUCCUUCAUCAAGGAAGCCAUCCUGCCCAGCAGGCAGAAAAUCUACUGAGCUUUGGGAAUAUUUGGGAAUAUCCCAAAGAUCCAGGGCUGGGAUAUCCCAAACUCUGCCCAGGGCUCCUCUCUCUGCUUUUUCCUGCCGGGAAUUCCUCGGAAAUUCCCAGAUUUGGACACUCCUGGAGGUGCCAACAACACUUGGAGCUUUCCCUGCUGAUCUUUGGGAAAUGAUCCCAUGGGAAAUGUUGGGAUGGAUGAGCCCAUUUUGGGAAUUUUGGGAAUUAUUUCCCCAAUUCCUUGGAGUUUUUUUCAGAGCUGCUCCUUCCGCUUUUUCCCGACGGUUUCACAGAGCCAGGAAUUAAAAAAACAAACAAAAAAACCCAGGAAAAAUUGGGAUAAAUCCAGAGGAUUCCACACA